UAAAUUGGCAGCUUUCAGUAAGGAGUCUUGUACGGAGUUCGGAGGCAACUUCGGUCUUCGUGUUUGGAGCAGAGCAGACAGAUCGGGGACAUUCUGGACCACGAUGAACACAUGAAGUAGUUAUAAAGAAAAGGUUUGCUUCUAAUAAUCCAGCUGUCGGUCUCAACUUGUGACUUUAGUUUUCAGAUUAUUUCCAGGAUAAAGAGCGAAACGGCUGCAGCCAUGGAGUUAUUCAAGCAGCAGGAUGUGGAGGAUUUCUAUGAGAUUGGAGAAGAACUGGGCAGCGGCCAGUUUGCCAUCGUGAAGCGAUGCAGAGAGAGGAGCUCGGGUCUGGACUACGCCGCCAAGUUCAUCAAGAAGCGGCAGAGCAUGGCGAGCUCCCGGGGAGUCCGGCGGGAGGACAUCGAGCGGGAGGUGACCAUCCUGCAGCAGGUYCAGCACCCCAACGUCGUCACUCUGCACGACGUCUACGAGAACCGCACCGACGUGGUGCUCAUCCUGGAGCUGUGAGUGGCAACACACCGCCACCGUGCGGCUGCUGGGGGAACUUCAUGCACCUUAGACGAAAACGUGCAUAUUCCUGAACUUUGGUUAGGAUUUAUUUAUUUUAGUAAUAGUUUAUUCUGGCGAUUAUUCUAAUGAUUCAUUCUGAUGUUUAAUGUAUUAUUUUAAUGAUUAGUUGACUAUUUUUGUCUAUUAAUUGAUUAACCUGAUAGAAAAUUGGCAGAU